CUCGCCCCACCUCGCCCGCCUCGUCCUCGUGCUCGCUCCUCCCCCGCGACCCCGAACACUCUCCCUCGCCUUGCACAACCUCUGCAGCCAGCUCGUCGUCCCUCUCCUCCUCCGCCCUCUCGCUCCUCGUCCUCGUCCACCACCGCCAGCAUGGACGCCAUCGGCAUCAGCAACCUCCCUAAUCAGCGCCACAAGAUCGUCGCAAAGCGCGGCGGCCACUUUACCCUCAUGGUCGUCGGCGAGAGCGGCCUCGGCAAGACGACCCUCAUCAAUACGCUCUUCUCGACCGAGCUCGCCGCCGUCAAGGACUACUCGCGCCGGUUCGCAAAGCAGAUGGACAAGACGACCGAGAUCGACAUCGUCAAGGCAGAGCUCGAGGAGAAGCAGUUCAAGGUCAAGUUGACCGUCAUCGACACGCCGGGCUUUGGCGACUACGUCAACAACCGCGACUCGUGGAUCCCUAUCGUCGACUUCAUCGAUGACCAGCACGAGUCGUUCAUGCGCCAAGAGCAGCAGCCGCAGCGUGGCUCCAAGCUCGACCUGCGCGUUCACGCGUGCCUGUACUUCAUCCGCCCGACCGGGCACGGCCUCAAGCCGCUCGACAUCGAGGUCAUGAAGCGCCUCGGCUCGCGCGUCAACCUCAUCCCGAUCGUCGCCAAGGCCGACACGCUCACGCCGACCGACCUCGCCGCGUUCAAGCAGAAGAUUCGCGAGGUCAUCUCGGCGCAGGGCAUCCGGGUCUACAACCCGCCUGUCGAGACCGACGACGAGCAGUCUGCCGAUCACGCUCGCCUCCUCUCUGCCGCGCUCCCCUUCUCGAUCAUCGGCUCGACGACCGAGGUCCAGACGGCCGACGGGCGCACGGUCAAGGGCCGCCAGUACCUGUGGGGCGUCGCCGAGGUCGAGAACGAGGAGCACUGCGACUUUAAGAAGCUCCGGAGCCUCUUGAUCCGGACGCACAUGCUCGACCUGAUCCAGACGACCGAGGAGGGCCACUACGAGCAGUACCGGCAGGCGCAGAUGGAGACGCGCAAGUUCGGCGAGCCCAAGGUCAAGAAGGUCGAGAACCCCAAGUUCAAGGAGGAGGAGGAGGCGCUCCGCAAGCGCUUCACCGAGCAGGUCAAGAUGGAGGAGGCGCGGUUCCGCCAGUGGGAGCAGCACCUGAUUGCCGAGCGCGACCGCCUCAACAAGGACCUCGAGCAGGCGCACGGCCAGAUCAAGCAGCUCGAGCUCGAGCUCGACCAGAUCAGCGGCGGGCAGGGUAUGGGCUACGGCAGUGCGGCGAGCCGGGGCACGGCGGGCCGUCGCUGAGCGCGCGACUGCGCCUGCGAGAUCCG